ACAUGUGACGUCAUCAUACCUCGACAAAGGGGAAUGUUUGGCUCAGGCUAGAGCAGUUAGCUAAACGUAGACGGGUUUUUAAAAUACUGCUUUCGUUUAUUUCAUUUUUUGAGAGAAAAUGCCUAAGGUAGUGUCACGAAGUGUUGUUUGCUCGGACACUCGAGAUCGGGAGGAAUACGAUGACGGAGAGAAGCCCCUUCAUGUAUAUUACUGUCUUUGUGGCCAAAUGGUGCUCGUGUUAGACUGCCAACUGGAAAAACUUCCCAUGAGACCACGAGACAGAUCAAGAGUAAUUGAUGCAGCCAAGCAUGCUCACAAAUUCUGUAAUGUGGAAGAGGAUGAAAACGUUUAUCUCAAAAGACCAGAAGGAAUUGAGAGGCAGUUUCGAAAGAAAUGUGGAAAGUGUGGCCUACUUCUCUUCUACCAGCACCAGCUGAAAAACACCCCAGUUACGUUCAUUGUGGACGGUGCAGUGGUGAAGUUUGGCCAGGGAUUUGGGAACACCAGUGUGUACAGCCAAAAGCAAGAGGCUCCCAAAAAAGUCAGGGUGAUGAUGACAAAGAGAACCAAAGACAUGGGGAAAUUCAGUUCUGUCACCGUCUCCACCAUCGACGAGGAAGAAGAGGAGAUUGAGGCGAGAGAGGUUGCUGACUCAUAUGCCCAGAAUGCGAAAGUCAUUGAGAAGCAGCUUGAAAGGAAGGGGAUGAGCAAGAAAAGACUGCAAGAGCUGGCCGAACUGGAGGCAAAGAAGGCAAAAAUGAAAGGAACACUAAUCGACAAUCAGUUUAAAUAAACGGCCAUGGAGGCCUGGUGCAGGAGCUUUAAAGAGAAAACAUCAUUCAGAGAAAAUUUCCCUUGAAUUGAAUUGAAUGGCUUUCUGUGCAAACAUUUGAGGGACUACAGCUUCACAGCUACUGUUGCUUUGUGCACACACUCCCAAGUAGUGCUCCCAGAACAAAGGACUUGUACAGAACUGUGUAGAAUUUAAUGACAGAUUUAGAUCCACUCUCUAUCUUUGUUUUUUGUAUUACUUAAUUUUAUUUCAGAUUGAACUAAUAAAUACGUUGUGACAAAG